GAACCGGGCGGGAUUUCCGCAAAACAUCCAGUAUGGCGAAGACCUACGACUAUUUGUUUAAAUUGCUGUUAAUCGGGGACUCGGGUGUCGGGAAGACCUGCGUGUUGUUCAGAUUCUCAGAGGAUGCCUUUAACUCGACUUUCAUUUCGACGAUAGGUAUCGAUUUCAAGAUCAGGACAAUAGAACUAGAUGGCAAGAAGAUCAAGUUACAGAUAUGGGACACAGCAGGACAGGAAAGAUUCAGAACAAUCACAACGGCGUAUUACAGAGGUGCAAUGGGUAUCAUGCUGGUUUAUGAUAUUACCAAUGAAAAAUCAUUUGACAACAUCAAGAACUGGAUCCGGAACAUAGAGGAGCAUGCAUCAGCAGAUGUGGAGAAAAUGAUUUUGGGGAACAAAUGUGACAUCAACGAGAAGAGGCAGGUGUCCAAAGACAGAGGGGAAAAGCUGGCGUUAGAAUACGGCAUCAAGUUCAUGGAGACGAGUGCGAAGUCUAACAUCAACGUCGAAAACGCAUUCUUAACGCUCGCCAGAGACAUAAAAGCAAAGAUGGACACGAAAUUGGAGGGUAACAAUCCUCAGGGCAGCAAUCAUGGAGUGAAAAUUACCACUGAACAGCAGAAAAAGAGCAGCUUCUUUCGCUGUGUGCUACUGUGAAGACCAAGGCCUUACUGUCCACCAAUCAUGGGCUGGACAUGACUGGACUGUGCUCUCCCUCUUAGCACUCCUUUCUUUCUUUUAUCCUCUCUUUAUCGCUCUGCUUCCAGCCUUCGGGCAGCUGGAGUUCCUGCCUCCUCAAAUCUUCUUCCAAUGUCAUGUUAGCGAUGAUGCCAUUUCCUUUCGCUUAUGACCCCGGAAAAAACCGUGGUGGAAUUGCAUUGGUUCUCCAUUCAAGCUGAAGACCCGAGGCGUCCCCUCACCACCUAAGGAAUAUCCCAUAACUCCGUCUUUGUUUUUAGUGCUCCAUUUUGUGUGCACGACUGCCAAAAUCCAUCCAUUCCCUUCAUGGCGAUCUGGAAGUAGUUGUGAUUCUUUCUCCGAGUCUAACCGCAGUCAUUGAGACAAUUUGAGAGUUAUAUGGAACAUUCUUUAUCAUUCCCUUUUAUUUUCAACCCUCAUGCAUUCUUCGACAAUCACAUGACCUUAUUGUAAGUACAGGUAUAUAAUAACUCACUUUUCUUUUUUUUGAAGUUGCUUUACUUAUCCCCAGUUUUCUUUUCAGUACCAGCUCUCUUGACUUUGAACUUUUGCACUGUGUUCUAACUAGGUGCAAUUUGAAAGUUGUUGGCGGCAAGCAAUUUGUUUGUUCAAACUGAAUGCUAAAUUGCUGCGUGGCAUGACACAAUCACAGCCAAUCAAAACAUAUUUGAUUUUAAUGUCAAAUACAUGAGGAGUAUGAUUUUGGACCAGUAAGAUUUCACUGUGGGCGGGCUUACCCAGUGCAACAUCACAUAUAUAUAAUAACCAAAUGAUCAUCAAUGUUGCUCACCACAAUCACGACUUUGUUUUUAAGAUUUAUGCAUUUUUUUUAAUAUACGCAUUUCAAUUGUAUAACAAAUUUGCAUCAUACUGAAUUGAUUUUAACAAAGCAAUACAACGUAAGUUUUAUUAUUUAAAUUGUAAAAAUUAAUUAGGUUUGAUGCAAGUUUGUUAUACAUUUGAAAUACGAACAUUUCAAAAAUAGACUGAAAUAUAAUUUUAUGAGCGAGCUUUAUUGCGUUGCACCUGGUGAGGACACGGUGUUGCGCAGACCCCUUUCCAAAGGUCUUGCAUUGACGAAAUCGUUCCGUCCAGAUUUUGCAGUCCAGAUCAUUAUAAAUGAGUGAAAAACGUGCUUGUUUAUUCAUUCCGACAUGUUUACUGCCUUGAUACAACUAACCUCUGAAAUGAAGGUUUUGUUUUGCAUGCAUCAUUUUUGUUUUGUUUUUACUUAAAACAUGCACAAGACGCUAUUUCCAAAUAGUUCACUCUUUUAUGCAGUAGCGCUAGCUUUAGUUUUAAUAUUCCUCUACAUAAAUCCAAAACUCAGGACUUGCUUUAUUAUGACCUGACGACUUCCAAAGUUCCCAAAUGGAAUGCACUCUUUGAUUUAAAAACACUUGGAUUUCAUUUAAUUGAGUGGAAUUGAAUUAAACUGACACUUAGCCCCUUUAUGGAUGUGGAAUUCCCUAGUUAGUAGUAUUAACAAGAAUGCACGACCAAAAGCAACACAGGCUGCCAAGAGAGGGCAUCUAUGUACCCUAGAAAGCAGAGCUAUACUUGAGAAAGCCCCUCCCAUGCAGAAUUCCAUGCACUUUAUCAGGAUCCUAUGUGUUGUGUAGUUUGUGCCAAGUGGUAGUUGUGCAUCAUAAGGACAGUCAUUUUUACAUGGAGUUUGACCUGCCAUAUUCGUGUUUAAAAAGGAAACUUACAGUAGAUUUAUAUUAUAAUUGCCCAAUAGUUUUGAAUCAAAGAACAAAUUCUCCCUCAUUGGGAAUCCAAAUAGAUGAAUCUCACAAAACCUGUCAGGAACACGUCCGAGUCGUAUUUCACCCAGAAAUCUAUAAUUAUAUUUUGCAUAUAGAAAAAUGAAGUGUUUUUGUUUUUUUGGACCUAUGAGAUUUCUUGCUUUGUGACAAAAUUUUCAUGACAAAUAGGCACAUUUUCCUCAAUUCUAAUUACUCUAAUACAACACAAAUAUCCUUCUUAUUAUUGUAAUGGUACAAAAAAUAUAUUCUUUAAAUUGUAAUGUAUUUAUAUAUAAUGGUAGUAUUUUUUGUACUUAUGCUUUAGUUUAUGCGGAUGAAAUAAAAUUGUCUUUUUACUGUAAUACGGUAAAAAAAAAAUCCUGUAGUACAGUAAUGAUUACUGAAAAUGAGAAUUACAAAACAACAAAAAUUUCGGACUUAUUAUGAUAAAGAAUUUUUUUUAAAUGUGGGGUGCGUACUUUUCAUAAAUAUUGUUACAGUGCAAAAAAUCUCAAUUGGCUUAAUUCUCUAUAUGCAAAAAUAAAAAAUGACCUGGACAUUUUUAUUUGAGGUUUACCCAAGAAUAAAAGCACAGUGUUACACAUUAAAGCUCCUCUUUCUGCAAAAAAGUGAUAGUUCACCCCCAAAUUUUAUUUGAUCAUUUACUCACCCUCAUGUUGUUUCAAACCCAUAUGACUUUCUUUCUUCUGUGAAACACAAAAGGACUUCUUUCACUUUCAUCAUUUGCAACCUUUUUAUACCAUAAAAGUGAAUGGUGACCGAGAUCGUUACUCUGCCUAAUAUCUCCUUUAGUGUUCCAUGGAAGAAAGAAAGCCAUACAGGUUUGGAACAUCACGAGGGUGAGUAAAUGAUGACAUAAUCUCAUUUUUGGAUGAACCAUGCCUUCAUAUGUUGACCAACUUAAAAUGACUGUUUCCACUUGUGUUCUAUUUUUCCUGAAGGAGAUGAUCGUUGGGUUCAUAUGUCAUAUUCUCUCAUAUUUGGAGUUGGGGAAAGUGUCAAAGUCGUUGCCCAGCUUCAUUCAUACCCAUAACAGCUCUCUUCUCCCCAUGUCUGAUCAUUUAUCCAAAUAGCCAUUUGUCUUAAUAACUAAUACUUGAUCUUUCAUUCUCAAUCUAUGCAUCAUGAAGGUGAUGUUUGCCUCCUGUAUGUUUUGUGUAUAUUUGUUCUUAAUUUGCUCAGUAGAUGUUUCAUUCCUGCACAUCGAUGCAUCUUUACCUGCAGUUGGCAGCCUGCUGUUGUAUAACAUGUUCGGCUGUAAUAUUGGACCUCAGAUGUAAUAAUCAAUCUGGCCUUAAAGGGAGAGUUUUACGCCAGUGUUUAGUGAACUAUUCCUUUAAUGUGUUUCAACGUGAUGCAAUGCAAAAACAACCAUAGCAGAAAGCUGGCGAAACAUUUUUAUUGGAUUUGCAGACAAACCGCUUUUUGUCUUAAUGUAGUGUUCAUACGCGUAUGGAGGUCAGAUUUCAUAUUUUGCUGUUUAGUUUGUCUCUUUUCUUCUUGUUCUUCCUGAUUUGAAAUUGCUAUGUCAUCCAUAUCAUUUAAAGAGUUAUAUUUUAUAUGACCGUGUUAUGAGGUAACUGGGGAUAUCAUUAAAUUACAUUUUGGUAUAAAAAAAAGAAACAGUUGUAAAUAACAACAAAAAAAAAGAUCUUAAAUUGUACUGUACUUUCUAAAAACAUUGAAAAACUGAUCUACAGUUUUUAUAGAUAUCUGUACUUUUUAUUAAAAUAAAACUUUUAAGAGAGA